AUGAUUGGCAAAAGUCUGCCUGAAUAUGUCUUUAUAGUCACCAGCAUAGGGCUUCUUCGGCUGGUGGCACCGAUUAGCUUUCUGUACGUUGCAUAUCUCGUCGUUGCUCAACCAGAUACCAGAUGGCAGACGUCAUUGGGAAGGUACGCUUUAUUGGAGAUAUUUUUUUAUACAUUGGUCUACCUGCCUAGACGGUGGUUGUUACAGAAGCCUGCAGUACACCCUACCAUUCACACUCGCGAAUAUCGGCGGAUGCUAUUUCAGCGGUGUUCGAGCUAUAUGGCAACCUCAGAUUAUAUCUCUGGAUGGUUUUUUUCAGCGGAGUUUAAGAGGGAAAACGUUGUGGACUGGCUCCUCUGGGCUUUGUUCUCUGCAACAAGGGACACCUGUUUAGUGGAAUGGGAGGAAGAAAUAGAGGAAUAUCUCUCGAUGAUAGAAGUUAUUCUUGAUAGAAAAUUGGCCACUGGAUAUAACACUGGGGCUCGAUGCAUGCGACCCACGCUCGACAGUGUGUCGAUGUUGCACCGGCCAUUGAUCUGGUAUUUGGUUGUGGGUCUGGUGGAUCUAUUUUCAUCGUUCAGACUUUGGCGCCAGGGAUUCCAACACUAUGAUGAUGGCAACUGCAUGACGUCGUUUCCAAUGCGCCCAUGUUGUCUCAUCUCGCGAAGAUCGCCGGUAGUCAAGUUGCCAUACUGGUAUCGUCCUCACCGAUCAAGAACGAAACUGCCCGUCCUUUUUAUACACGGCAUUGGAAUUGGUUUAUACCCAUACACGCCUUUCUUCGAGGAGUUCAUUGCUGUACAUCCAGAUAUUGGAAUUUUGGCAAUUGAAUUCCUUUCCAUCAGCAUGCACAUCACCUCCUCUCCACUCUCAAGCUCGGCCACUUGUACCGCUAUAUCCCAGAUUCUGGAUGAUCUCGGACUCGAUCGUGUUGUUGUCUUGUCGCACUCUUAUGGGACAGUCAUCACUACGCAGAUGCUCCACUCCCACUUUUCCCCUCGCGUUGCAGCGAUACUUUUCGUUGAUCCGAUACCAUUUCUUCUCCAUCUUCCCGAUGUCGCCUUCAAUUUCCUCUACCGACAACCUCGUUCUGCUAACGAGUUACAGCUUUGGUAUUUCGCAUCUAGGGACCCGGAUAUCUCGCGGACCUUGUCCCGGCACUUCUUUUGGUCAGAAAAUGUACUGUGGAAAGAAGAUCUUGUGGGAAGACCCGUCGCUGUAUGGCUGAGCGGAAAGGAUCAGAUCGUGAACUCGGAACAAGUCAGAAAAUAUUUGACAGAGGAACCAACGCCUUCGGAAUACUGGGCUACGGAUACACUAGAAAUGCUCUUCGAUCCUGACUUGGAUCAUGCUAGUGUCUUUGAUACGAAAGACCGACGCAAGCGUCUAUUGGACGUUCUGGAUCGCUUCGUUGGCUGUCUAGAUUACAGGAAUUGA